GACAGCGUCCUCGUGCGGUGCUUGCCCAAAUGUCUGAGGACAUGGCACUCCGAUGAUGGAAUUUGGUCUCUGCUUUUGUAUGCUGAGAAGAAAGUCUAGGAGAAAACGCUCACAAUGCUUCGUUACAGUGCUUGCCACAAUAGUUUUGUGUAUAUGGCAGAUAACAGAUGCCAAAAGGACGCCAUGCGGUGAUUGUGAAUGUUGGCACGGGGAAUGCUCCUCGGAUGGACGUUGUUUAUGUUUUCCUGGCUGGCAGGGACCUGGCUGUCAGCGAUGUGGUGGACGCUUGAGGUUGACAGAGCCGUAUGGGGUCAUCACCAAUGGGGUUGGGAACUACAGCAAGGACAUGAAGUGCACAUGGCUCGUACUGAGUGGCAUUCCAAAUGCCACCAUUAGGUUUCAUUUUUCUCAUUUUGAGACAGAAUGUGGAUGGGACCACCUGUACGUUUAUGAUGGGGACUCCAUGUUUGCUCCUAUGGUAGCAGCAUACAGUGGCCUGCUGCUCCCUAAAGGAAGCUUGAGUAAGCUUCCAGAAAUGGUCACACAUUCUGGAAGUGCAUUUGUUCAUUUCUACAGCGAUGCAGUCUACAACAUGAGUGGGUUCAUGCUCACUUACAGAGUGAACGGAUGUCCUCGCAACUGCUCCCAUCAUGGCGUGUGCUUUGAAGGAGCGUGUACGUGUUCCGCCGGAUGGGUGGGCGAGGCGUGCGACCGCCCCAUCUGCGAUUGCGGCAAUGGCACAUGCGACGCGGAGCACCAUCGCUGCAUCUGCCAUCCGGGCUUCAAAGGGGAGGAUUGCAGCAUCCCAGUAGAUAGCCCCGCGUAUGAGCUAGUGGAGACAAGUGGCUGGAUCCGCAGUCGUGCAAUGCACCAGGCCCUCGUGCUGAGGCAUGCCAUGUGGGUUGUGGGGGGAGAGAGCCUCACGGAGCUCGACCAGCAGAUAGCCAGGUUUGACUUUUUAACCCACACGUGGAGCACGGUGAAGCCCUCGACACCCAGUGCCCCAUCUAACCGCUAUGGCCAUUCGGUGGUGCUCUACAAGGGUUCUCUGUACAUGUUUGGUGGCACACUGCGCGAUGGUAACACAUGCAAUGACCUGUGGAGGUGGGACACGGCGUUGUUGAGUUGGGCGCAGCUCUCCCCCCACCAGCCGGAGUGUCAGUACGAGUUGUGUCCCCCUCUUACUGCCACAGGACAUACGGCAGUCAUAGUGGACAACACCAUGGUGGUCAUCUUUGGUCACAAUCCUCUCUACGGAUACUUGAAUGUUGUCCAGGAGUACACAUUUGGCACGGGCAAAUGGGAGAUAGCUGAAGCCAAGGGUGCCAUCGUCAAGGGUGGUUAUGGACACUCAUCGGUGUAUGAUCCCGUAACGCGUCAGGUUUUUGUCUUUGGCGGCUACCAUUCACAGUCCUCGACGGGUGUCGUUGUCGAUUACCUCUACUCUUACCAGCCUUUUGAACGAAUAUGGACCCUUCUGGCACCAAGUAGUUCACAUCGCUACCUGCACAGUGGGGUCCUGCUUCACCGUACUAUGCUCAUCUUUGGAGGAAACACACACAACGACACAGCAUUCAGCACGGGAGACAAGUGCUUCUCGGCUGAUCUUCUUGCUUACAACAUUGAAUGUGACUCGUGGCAGUCUCUUUCUGUCCUGUCCUCUUUGUCUGUUCGCCUCCAACGUUUCGGUCACACAGCAGUCGCUUACAAUGACUCUAUGUAUAUUUUUGGCGGCUUCAACGGGCAGAUGCUUAGUGAUAUCAUCAAGUUCACGCCAGGUUCCUGUAAAGGUUUUUCCACCCCCGAAAAAUGUGUGGGAAACACGUGCUCUUGGAAUGUGGAGAAAAAGACGUGCCAGCCUUUCGGGCAAUCAAAUUUGACAAAAGGCUAUCAUGUGUGCCCGAGGAAAUCAUCUACCAACUUGACAGUUCUGUGCGAGCGACAGACGUCAUGUCCGAGCUGCCUGCACAACAACUAUGGUUGCGUGUGGUGCGGGACUGUGUGCUCUCACAAGCGCUGUCCCAAGGGCAAGAAAGCGGGGGAGGAGGAAAAUCAGACGGAACAGUGUGAACAGUCGGACAGCAGCAACUGUGAUAAACUGCACAACUGCCACGCGUGCCAUACAGAGUUUCAUUGCGGCUGGCAGACGGACCACCGAUGUUACACCUUCGUCAGGGAAACAGGGAACAAGACGGAAAAGGCAGUGCUCUCAGACAACUAUCGAGUCAAGUGUGACAACUCCUGCAGUUCUCGUAGGACGUGCAAAGCGUGCCUCUCAGGUACUUGCAUGUGGUGCAUCAGUCAGCAGCGCUGUCUGGAAACCAAUGCCUACGCUGCCACCUUCCCACUAGCCCAGUGCACAGAGUGGACCACUUCCAAGUGCACAGCGCUGUCCUGUGGAGACUUCCAGACAUGCAAAGCAUGUCAGGAGCACGAGCGAUGUGGUUGGUGCGAUGAUGGCAGCAACACGGGCAAGGGCAUCUGCUUGGACGGAUCGGCCUCCGGGCCCCUGGGGCCCACACACGAGGUCGACGCUAGUCUCUGCCCUGCCCACAACUGGUAUUUCACUACUUGUCCACGGUGCCAAUGCAAUGGACACAGCACCUGUUUGAGCAACUCAUCCGAGUGCUUGCAGCCGUGCAAACAUCCGACCGAAGGAGCACAUUGUGAGCACUGUAUUACGGGUUACCAUGGGAACCCAGCCAAUGGUGGUAACUGCACUCGGUGCUUCUGCAACAACCAUGGCUCUCUGUGUCACCGGGAGACGGGCAAAUGCAACUGCACCACCAAGGGUAUCAUGGGACCUAACUGUGACAGAUGCGAUGAACAGAAUCAUUAUGUGGGAAAUCCUCAAGAAGAAGGUGGCACUUGCUUUUAUAACCUGAGCAUCGAUUUCCAAUACACAUUCAACCUUUCAUCGGAAGACUAUUAUCAGAACAUCAACUUUAUGAAUGUGCCAAUAAAGGUUGGCAACGAUGUGGAAUUUUCCAUCUCAUGCUCGGGCAGGGCGUAUGUCAAUGUCUCCAUUGGCUCAGAUGCCGAUGUGGAACCCAUCCUUUUGGAAAGCCGCAAAUGUGACAACUUUAAGUUGCCCUUCUACGACGAGAAGCAUAACUUUGGCUCACAAAACACAACAUUUUUUGUGUACGUCUUCAACUUCACGACUCCUUUCCUGCUUCAGAUCUCAUUUUCGCAACACAGAGCUCUCGACUUGCUGCAGUUCUUCAUCACAUUUUCCAGCUGUUUUCUGUCGCUCUUGAUAAUUGCCGCCAUCCUCUGGAAGAUUAAACAGAAGUAUGACCUUUACAGAAGGCGGCAGCAACUCUUUGUCGAGAUGGAACAGAUGGCAAGUCGACCAUUUGCUGGCGUCACACUUGAGGUGGACUCCAUGAAACCCGAAAGUGACGGAACCAAGCAGGUUGUUUUAAGCCACCCAACCCCUGUGGCAUUGGAGCCAUGUGCCAGCGGCAAGGCUGCCGUUCUCACUCUGAUCGUACGCAUGCCAACAGGUGGCCUACAGCACACGGCCACUGGCCAGUCUGGCAUCGCCAUUGCCAGCGCUCUCGUUUCUCUUGGCACUCUGUGCAAGACGGAUGCCACCAUUAAGGAGGAUGGCAAGUCCGACUGUUGGAAGCCCAGCUCCCAUCCGGGCACGUGCAUUUGAGUCUCCAGUUUGCGCCUUUCUCAGCUGAGAAAAGAUGGCACUUUGGAAGGAUCGCACAGGGUGUAUAAUCAUUCUGAGCAGUUUGCUCAACUCCAGGGUUCGUUCACAGAGCCUUGUGUCCCUCACCGUCAUUGGCCUCGUGACGGCCUCCCUUCAGACUCGGCCGUUUUCAGAGUCAAAAUUGCAUCUUUGAAAAUUUUGCUUAGAUAAUUAUUGUACCUGUUGGGAGCUCUCUACGGUACAGGUGAUCCUUAGAUGGCACAAAGAGAAAAUUGAAGCGAGAGGCACGACAAUUUGGUGGUAAAUUUCUGGAAAAAAAAUUUUUGUAAUGCAAUUAAAUUUCUAUCUAAAGCCUUUUAAUGUUUUGUUUUUCGUCAUUGCUGUGCCACUGUAACUUGGACAAUGAAAUGAAACCACGAUGAGUCUAAGAAUACUACGGAAAGGAGGAGAGCGGUUGACGAAGGGCCUCCCGGAGGUAUAUUGUUGCCAGUUUUGAGGGAAUGUGUUGUAGGCAGUGGCACUACAUGGUCACAUCUGCACUCCGUGGCUUGGGGCAAGACAGGAUGACAAGGCUGAACAAGUGGUGAUGCUGAUUUCACUCCAUCCCAUAUUGGGCGUACACGUAUGCUAGCGAUAUGUAGGCUUGAAAAGAAUGCCAGUAGCGGGAGAAAGUUGCUUUUGGAGCCCUCCCUUGCAAGGCGGCAAUUUUGUAUAGCUUCUUUUUUGUUUUAUUGUCAUUAUUUGUAAAUGAGUUUGUGCGAAUUGUAUUUUUAUAACUGUCGCUUGAGUGCAGCAUAUCACUGUGUAGGUGCCUUUUCUAAGAAAAUCCUAUUUGACGACACAUCUACCCUCUCUUUCGGGGAGGCCCUAUUAAUAUUAAUUUAAGUGCACCCAUUUUUUUCUUUAACACAAACAGGUGAGAUGUGCAUAUAUGUGCAGUCUGCCUCGCAAUUUUUGAAAAGUUGUCUUCCUCAUUCAGUCAUGUAUGCGGAUAUUACUGUACUUAAGGAGUAAUAAAGGAUAGGACUCUUUCCUGC